UGUGUUGUAUUUUUGCUCAGCAGAUUUAUUGCUGCGAAAGUCAUAAGUGAGAGACAGUAAAGGAAUAAUGUCUGACGUCCCGAGUCCGGGACAGCCUCCUACGGGUGGAGGACCUCCGUCAUCAGCUCCGCAGAAUCAAACGUAUCCGCAGUUGCAACCGCCGUAUCACCCGGCAGUUGGACCUCUUCCCCCUCAAUCUGUCCAAAAUCCUCAGCAAAUGCCUGCUGGUGGUGGUGGAAUUCCUCGACAAUCUCCGAGUCCCGCAGCGCCUGUUCAGCAAAUGCCGGCACAUCAAAUCCAACAUCAUCCCGGAGGUCCUCCCGUCAGUCAACCAAGCAUGCACCCGAUGAAUCCGCCCAUGCCACAUCAUGCUGGAAUGCCGCCUCAGCAAGCAUACUAUGCGACGCAUCAUCCGAAUGGACCUUCUGCUGCGCCUCAGCCACAAGGACAGGGAUAUCCUCAAGGAAUGCAAAGACCACCUCCUCCACCUUCCUCACAGGUCAACGCUCCCAUUCCGCCUUACCAACAGAAUAUGCAACAUUUACCUUCACAACGGCCGCCGGGACCUUACAGCCAAGAAAAUUUGAACGCCUUGCAAAAGGCGAUCACAUCGAUGGAAGAGAAAGGCAUGCAGGAAGAUCCUCGAUAUUCCCAGCUCGUCGCGAUUGCACAAACAACGAAUCCGUAUGGACCACCGUCGGCUGGUGAUCCAAAUGCGCAGCAGAAGGCCCCAAUGAGCGCUCUAACUCCUGCCCAAGUCCAGCAACUUCGUUCACAAAUUAUGGCUUAUCGGAUUCUGGCUAGAAAUCAAGUACUUCCGAGCCAACUGCUGCUGAGCAUUCAGGGAAGACCGCAGCAAGCGCCUAUUCCUCCCCCAAAUGGCGUUAUGCCACCCCAGUCUAUGCCUCGACCAACUACUGCUGGUUCAGAACCAAGACCGGGAUAUCCUCCACAGCAAGCUGGCCAAAAGAUGCCAAUGGCACCGAUAGGUGCUCCGAUGCGUCAGCCAAUGGCCGGUGGUGCCCCUCCUCAGCCAGGCUACCCUCAUCCAGGUUCUCCGACACUCCCAAACUCAGGUCAAGUUGGUGAACCCGUGCAAGUGCCGCAGGUGAUCCAGCCGCCGCAACAGCAAACUGCCCCUGGUCCACAACAUCAUCCGAUGCUUCAGAAGACCUCGAGGAUCACUCCCUUGGCCAAGCCAAUUGGCAUCGACCCCGUCAUGAUGUUAAAGGAGAGAGAAAACCGACUUGCCGCUCGAUUGGCUUAUAGAAUAGAAGAGCUCACCAACAUAAUCCCCGCUUCCAUACCCGAAGAUCUGAAAACGAAGGCUACCAUUGAAUUGAAAGCUAUCCGUCUCUUGAACUUCCAGCGUCAACUCCGAGCCGAAAUUAUAGCUGGAAUGCGGAAAGAUAGUUUUCUAGAAAGUGGUCUGAAUAUCAAAGCGUACAAACGUGUGAAACGUCAGGGAUUGCGAGAAGCCCGUUCGACAGAAAAGCUUGAAAAGCAACAGAAAUUAGAACAAGAGCGUAAACGCCGUCAGAAGCAUCAAGAAUUCCUCAAUGCCGUCCUCCAACAUGGCAAAGAUCUCAGAGAAUUUCACAAGAACAACCAAGUUAAAAUUGGGAAGCUCAACAAGGCCAUCAUUGCUUGGCAUGUCAACGCGGAGAAGGAAAAAACUCGAGAGCAGGAAAGGAUCGAGAAAGAACGUAUGCGUAGGUUGCUCGCGGAAGAUGAAGUGGGUUAUAGAAAACUCAUUGAUCAAAAGAAAGACAAGCGUCUUGCGUACCUCCUCUCUCAAACUGACGAAUAUAUCUCGAAUCUUAUGCAAAUGGUCCAAGUGCAUAAGGCCGAGCAGCGGAAAGUACAGAAGGAUCAGAAGCAACGCCGACGUAGGCGCAAGAAACGUCAGGCGGAAAAGGAUGACGACGAUCCCAGGGUGGAAGUUAAAGAAGUUUCUUCCGGUCGACGUUUGGUUGGGGAUGAAGCUCCAGUUGCAUCACAGCUGGAAGCCUGGCUUGAGACCCAUCCGGGUUGGGAAGCGGUUCCGAAGCAGGAAGGUGAAGGCGCGGAUGACGAUGAUGAUGAGUAUGAGACCGGCGACGAAGAGUCCCAUGGCUCUGGAUCAGAUUCAGAUGAUGAAGGUGAAAGAAAGACUGGCGGCCUUCAUUCGAAGACCGACGACGAUCGUGUCAAGGAUGUCAUUCACAAAGCAAAGGUUGAAGAUGACGAGUACAAAACUUGCACGGGCGAAAUUAAUUACUAUGCCGUCGCUCAUACGAAGAGAGAGGAAGUCACAGAACAAGCGUCGAUCAUGGUGAAUGGCAAACUGAAGGAAUAUCAAAUCAAGGGCUUGGAAUGGAUGGUUUCUUUGUACAAUAACAACUUGAACGGCAUUCUGGCCGAUGAAAUGGGUUUAGGAAAAACCAUUCAAACGAUUGCACUUGUGACUUAUCUGAUGGAGAAGAAGAAAGUCAAUGGACCUUUCCUUGUCAUCGUUCCGCUUUCAACUCUGUCGAAUUGGACGAUGGAGUUCGAAAAAUGGGGUCCAUCCGUUGUCGUCGUAAGCUACAAGGGAUCUCCCGGACUUCGUCGAUCCAUUCAGGCCCAGAUGAAAGGCGCAAAAUUCAACGUUCUCCUGACUACCUACGAAUAUGUCAUAAAGGAUAAAGCCAUCUUGUCAAAAAUCCGCUGGAAAUACAUGAUAAUCGACGAGGGUCAUCGUAUGAAGAAUCAUCACUGCAAAUUGACGCAGAUCUUGAACACUUUUUAUAUUGCCCCGCAUCGCUUGCUUCUUACUGGCACGCCAUUGCAGAACAAAUUGCCGGAGUUGUGGGCUCUUCUCAAUUUUCUCUUGCCGAGUAUUUUCAAAUCUUGCUCAACCUUUGAGCAAUGGUUCAAUACUCCGUUUGCAACCACUGGCGAGAAGGUGGAGCUGAAUGAAGAAGAACAGAUUUUGAUUAUUCGUCGGUUGCACAAAGUUUUGCGGCCGUUUUUGCUGCGUAGAUUGAAGAAGGAAGUAGAAUCGCAAUUGCCGGAUAAGGUGGAAUACAUAAUCAAAUGCGAAAUGUCCGGACUGCAAUUGGCAUUGUACCGGCACAUGCAAGCCAAGGGAGUGUUGCUGACUGAUGGCUCAGAAAGGGGCAAAAAUGGCCAACGUGGGGCGAAAGCGUUGAUGAACACCAUCAUGCAGCUUCGAAAGCUAUGCAAUCAUCCAUUCAUGUUCCAGUACAUCGAAGAAGCCUAUUGCAAGCAUGCCGGGUUUAACAAUACUGUUGUUUCCGGGCCCGAUCUUUAUCGAGCGAGUGGAAAAUUUGAGCUGCUGGAUAGGAUUCUCCCCAAGUUAAAAGCUACUGGUCAUCGUGUUCUGUUGUUCUGUCAAAUGACGCAGUUGAUGACUAUCAUGGAAGAUUACUUGACUUUCCGUAACUUCAAAUACCUGCGUUUGGACGGAACGACGAAGUCAGAUGAUCGUGGUCAGUUGUUGGCUAAGUUCAAUACCAAGGAAUCUCCUUAUUUCCUGUUCUUACUGUCAACCCGUGCCGGUGGCUUGGGUCUUAAUCUUCAGGCUGCGGAUACGGUAGUCAUUUUUGAUUCUGACUGGAAUCCACACCAAGAUCUCCAAGCUCAAGACAGAGCUCACCGCAUUGGUCAGAAAAAUGAGGUCCGUGUCCUUCGUCUGAUGACGGUCAACAGUGUGGAAGAACGCAUCCUCGCCGCAGCGAAAUACAAACUCAAUAUGGACGAGAAGGUCAUUCAAGCUGGAAUGUUCGAUCAGAAGUCCACUGGUUACGAGAGGAAGCAAUUUCUUCAGUCAAUUCUCACGCAGGACGAAAUGGAAGAAGAGGAAGAAAAUGAGGUCCCUGAUGACGAAACGGUCAACCUGAUGAUUGCUCGCUCCGAAGAGGAACUUCAGAAAUUUCAGGCCAUGGAUUUGGAACGUCGCCGCGAAGAAGCCAAGCUGGGGGCUAACCGGAAACCCCGACUGAUGGAAGACUCAGAACUUCCUGCUUGGCUAAUGCGCGAAGAAGAUGAUAUGGACGAAACUCUCGAAGAGGAUGACGAAGAAAAGUAUUAUGGUCGUGGUUCCCGCGCCCGAAAAGAAGUGGAUUACUCUGAUUCGCUAACUGAGAAAGAGUGGCUUAAAGUCAUCGGUGCGCAGUUGGACGAAGAUGGGAAUGAAAUCAUAGAGGACGAAGAGGACGACUACGGAUCGCGUAAGAAGCGACGCGGAAGUGAGCAGCCGAGGAAGGAGAGGGGGCGCACUGGGCCUCGUGGCCAAAAGCGGAAGUUGGACUUCGAAGGUGUCGAAGAAGAAGAAGAGGAAGGGGUACAAACGAAGAAGAGGUCAGGACGACCUCCUGGCAGUGGAAUGGCUGGCAGGCCGAGCAAGCGAAAGGAUGUUACGCCAUUCAUGAUAAACCAAAUGAGGAAGCUUGUCAAGAUAGUUGUUAAUUACACGGAUGCGAAUGACCGUGUGUUGAGCACUCCGUUUUUGAAGCUGCCCUCGAGGAAGGAACUUCCGGAUUAUUACAGGAUCAUCAAGAAGCCCCUUGAUAUCUACAAACUCAGGCUGAAGAUCAACAAUCAUCAGUAUGCAACCUUGGAUGAGUUGGAGGCCGACUUCAUGACCAUGUGCAAGAAUACGCAAGUAUACAAUGAGGACUCUUCCUUGAUAUACGCGGAUUCCAUCGUUCUUCAGACCGUCUUCACAAAUGCGCGGGAGCGGUUGGAACAGGAAGCAGAAAACUCGGAAUCGAGAGAAGAGGACGACACGAAUGACGCCGCAGAAGGCGACGAGGAAGAAUCUAACAUGGGCGGCGGUCAAAAUGAUGACGGUGAAGAAGAUGAAGAUGAAAACGACGAUGAUGAGGAAUUCGAGGAAGAUGAUGAUGGACCGAAAAAGGGGAAGCCAAAGAAACCGCGCACACCGAAAGGAGAGUCUUCGCGCGGUCGUGGCCGUAAAGGUCGUCCUAGCGCCUCGACUCGCAAAUAUGUCGAAGACGAGGAUGAAGAUGAGGACUGAAUGAAGUUCGGAAAAAUUCCCUGGAGCAAAUUUUAGUUUGCUAAUUUUUUUGCGUAUAGCUGUUUUGUUGUUGCGUUUCAUCGGCCUGUUUGCACAUAAAUUAUGUUCGGUUUCUAUUUAGCAUGGAUGUUCAUUCUUUGCUCCGAACGAAAUCGACAUCAGGUGUCUCUCAGCGUUUUGGUGUGUAUCGCGAAUGAUUGUAUGGGACGAAAUAUUCAGUUUUUUCUGCUUUUUAAA